AUGCUUGUCAAAGCCUCUUCCUCCAGCUUGGCCGCUGCCACGCGCACUGGCGUCCUGCUGCCCACCACCUCGACAGCAGCCAUCGCCACCGGGAGAACGUACACUUCGACACCCACCCUCAACAAGUCCUCACCGCCAAGCUCGUCCAAGGACAAGUCCAAUCCGCUCCUCCACACAUCCCAGCUCUCACCCAGCGCGCCACCUCCUUCCAAAGAGCCCUACUCGCCCAUCACCGUCUCCAUCGUCAAGGGUCUCGCCAAGCUCAUGGGCUACAACUCGCUCACCUCCACCUCGAUCCGCGUCACCUCCGACCUCUACGAUCGUUGUGCCGAACGAGCCCAUGUCGAGCGGAACUUCUGGUACGGAGACUGUGCGCUUCCGGAAACCUACCAGACGUGGUUCCAGAUCACCAACCUCCACGUGUACCUCUUGCUCGCGCGGUUCAGGGCGUUCGACAAGGCUGCCAACAAGACCUACUCUCAGGAACUCAUCAAUCACUUUUUCAUCGACGCCGAAUCCCGCAUGCGCGAUCGUUUCGGCGUACAAACAUCUCGAUUGGUCAAAGGGUAUAUGAGGGACAUGCAUAUGCAGCAGCGGGGAUCGGUGUUGGGUUACGAUGAAGGGUUGGCUAGUGGUGAUGCCACUCUGGCACAGGCUGUGUGGAGGAACAUCUGGGGAGCUGGUUGGGGAACUGUUGCUGGAGUCAAACGAAAGCUCGCUGGUGUGGAUAAACUCGUCAAGGGCGAGAAGGAAGAUCCGGAAGGACAGCCGGAGCUCGCCAGGGAUGUCGCGAGUUUGGAUCCCCGACUCUCGUCCAAAAACGCCAGCCCUUACGCUCGUGCUGCUUCCGCCAGCCUAGCCGCCGAACGAUCCAACGCCCAAUCAUCAACUCUACCCCCCACCGCGCACAAUCCUGCCACCAUGCCAGAAACGGGCAACAUCCUCCCCGCAAUCGACCCCCUCGCAGCCGCCCACCCCGAACUCGCUUUCCCCCAUCACCUCCACCGUAUCGUCACCUUCAUCAGAGCAGAAUCCCACAGACUAGCCAACCUCACGGAUCAAGAGAUCAUGCUCGGAAGAUUGCACCCCAAGUCCAAUGCUAAGGUUGCGAGUAGGUCAGAGGAAGCUGCCAAUGCCAGCGCUAGUAUCGCUGCUUUCCGUCGUAUUUAG